CACCGUAGACUCACUCUCCACUGCCACAGAUCAAACGGUCACUCACAAGAAAUCUCUCUCUCUAUAAUUUGCCAUUUUUUGGGCUAAGCAGAAAGUACACAGCUAUUAGCUAUGGAGGGCAAGGAAGAAGAUGUUAGAUUGGGAGCUAACAAGUUCAGAGAGACACAACCCAUUGGCACGGCUGCUCAGAGCCAAGAUGACAAAGAUUACACUGAACCACCACCGGCGCCACUUUUCGAGCCGACUGAGCUUACUUCAUGGUCUUUUUACAGAGCUGGUAUUGCAGAGUUUAUAGCCACUUUCUUGUUCUUGUACAUAUCAGUUUUGACAGUUAUGGGCGUGGUUAAAGCUCCUACCAAGUGUUCAACUGUGGGUAUUCAAGGAAUUGCUUGGGCUUUUGGUGGAAUGAUUUUCGCUCUUGUAUACUGUACUGCUGGUAUUUCAGGAGGACACAUAAAUCCGGCGGUGACCUUCGGGCUGUUCUUGGCAAGAAAAUUGUCCUUGACAAGGGCUAUAUACUACAUGGUUAUGCAGUGCCUUGGAGCUAUCUGCGGUGCUGGAGUUGUGAAAGGAUUUGAAGGGCGUAAACAAUAUACUUUGUUGGGUGGUGGUGCUAACAGUGUUGCUCCUGGUUACACCAAAGGUGAUGGCCUUGGCGCUGAGAUUGUCGGUACCUUCGUCCUUGUCUACACUGUCUUCUCUGCUACUGAUGCCAAACGUAAUGCCAGAGACUCCCAUGUUCCUAUUUUGGCACCAUUGCCAAUUGGGUUCGCCGUGUUCUUGGUGCACUUGGCUACAAUCCCAAUCACAGGAACUGGUAUCAACCCAGCUCGUAGUCUUGGUGCAGCAAUCAUCUUCAACAAGGACCAGGGCUGGGAUGACCAUUGGAUUUUCUGGGUGGGUCCAUUCAUCGGAGCAGCACUUGCCGCUCUGUAUCACCAAGUUGUGAUCAGAGCCAUUCCUUUCAAAAAGUGAUCAUGAUUGAUGCAUAUAUGUUUGUGGCCGUUUUAUAUUUUCAAGAUAAAGAUCAAGCUCAGUUUAUGUCAUUUUCUAUGUUUGAUUAUCUACUUAUCUAAGCACAUGUAAUAAUAGUAUUAUGCAUACUUUUUCUUUAAGGAUCCUUUUAUUUACCUUCUUCUUUUUUAUUUGAGGAAGGGAAGUUGGGUUCGUGAGUGAUGGGGUCCAUCUUAAGAAGGUGGACUAUAUGUAUCAUAUGUGUAUGGUUGUGAAUUGUGGAAUGUCAUUUUCUUGUUACCGACCAAAAA